CGAGUACACCAAGUGAGCAGAUGAUUUAGGCGACGUAUCGAUGUUCCCUUCGAUGAAGGAGAACGUUGACGCCAGGCGGGUGCGGUCGAGCAAAGGGAAGGAGGCGGCGAAGAGUCAGAGUGUCAGGAUGACGCUGCCCUCUGGAGAUGAGAUGCCAACCACGCCUAUCCGAGUUGCAACGACGAAGUCUGCAAGGGCUUCAUCGUCGAAGAAGGACGACACGGACUAUGUGAGGGCAGAAAAGGACGGACAGAGGAUUGAAGGAGAGGAAGUUAUACUUUCACCGUGCAAGCACGGAGCUCGAAAGUUCACCAUGAAGAGUUCCUUGGACGAUAUUGAUACAAUGGAGCCUCUUAGACGCACGCUUCGGCAACCUAUGCAGUGCUCGAUACUCGAGUACUUGACUGCUUCGAGACCCGCGCGAGAUGAGCUUCAGAUGAUCACGCGUAAGAUGCAUAUUCCUCUAGGCGACGAAGUCCAGAUGACUUCCAAGCCAGAGGUACCCACAGUCGCAGUAUUGGGAGUAAGCACAAAGACCGAACGCGCGACUAUAGUCUAUUUGGACGGAAUGGAGGGAGUACCACCGGAUAAGUUUUACAUUAUAGGGAGUGGGACAGUUGAGAUCAUUCUUAAUGAUGAGAUAUUUCUCCAAGGAGUGAUUGACAAUGACAGUAAAGCUGUCAUCAUAGACGGGGAACUCACAGAACGAUUAGGAUUGAACCUGGACAGGUCCUACCUGUUUGAGAUAGAAACAGCCGAUGGAAGAAAGCAGAAGAUCUCCGGGGUCUGCCACAAAGCGGCCAUCGAGGUCGAAGGAUUGCACGUAUUGAUGCCUAUCUUCGCGGUCAGUGACUGCAGUUCAGAGCUACUACUAGGACGCACGUGGCUGAGCCACGUUCAUGCGGUAACGAUAGAGCGACCGGACGGAAGCCAGAUGCUUUCAAUUAAGCGUCUAGAUGGUGGCCGGAUUAUGAUAGAGACAGUCGAGCCUCGUGAUCCGAGGAACAGAGCGGUCUUCGCGGCUGCUGACACACGCAAGCCAACCACCCUCGCGAGUCGCUCGCUGCGAUUUCACGAGAAGAAGUAUGGGACAUCUCUCACGGAGGAAGAAGGACGCAUAGUGGAAGUCGAAGACUUAGGCAAUCGCGUCCUCGUGGGUGAAAACUCAUAUCCGAAGGUGGAAGAUGAGGAGUUUGGGGAUAUAAUCUCUGUGUCUUUUUAAAGGGUGCAGCACCCUACGGGGGGCGACCAAAGAGGCACAAGAUAGUAGCUCAAAAAGUAAAGUCGGCGGCGGUAG